CCGAAGCCCGGGGACUGACCGACGGGCCGAUCGCCUGGCGCACGGACGCGGGCGCUCGCUUUGUGCUCGGGGCCGACUUCGGCGAGGCUUGUAGUGCGCGGCUUCCCCGCCCGCUCGCGGUCACCCCGGCUCCGGCGGCCUCGGCGCGCGAGGGGCUGAGGUGCGGGAGCCGCUCUCCACCGGUCGGUCCCCACGCAGCUGAGCCCGGGCCGCCGGCGCCGCGGCCCCGAGCCCCCGCUCUCCUCCGGGCUGCUCCGAGCAACGGUGCUUCGGGGCUUCAAACUCGGGCUGCCGGGGCAAGUGCCUUCAUGAACCCAGAGGAUGUCCGGGAAGCACUACAAGGGUCCUGAAGUCAGUUGUUGCAUCAAAUACUUCAUAUUUGGCUUCAAUGUCAUAUUUUGGUUUUUGGGAAUAACAUUUCUUGGAAUUGGACUGUGGGCAUGGAAUGAAAAAGGAGUCCUGUCCAACAUCUCCUCCAUCACCGAUCUCGGUGGCUUUGACCCGGUCUGGCUCUUCCUUGUGGUGGGAGGAGUGAUGUUCAUUUUGGGAUUCGCGGGGUGCAUCGGAGCGCUGCGGGAAAACACUUUCCUUCUCAAGUUUUUUUCUGUGUUUCUGGGAAUUAUUUUCUUCCUGGAGCUCACUGCUGGAGUUCUGGCAUUUGUUUUCAAAGACUGGAUCAAAGACCAGCUGUAUUUCUUCAUAAACAACAACAUCAGAGCAUACAGGGACGACAUUGAUUUGCAAAACCUCAUAGACUUCACCCAGGAAUAUUGGCAGUGCUGUGGGGCUUUUGGAGCUGAUGAUUGGAACCUAAAUAUUUACUUCAAUUGCACAGAUUCCAAUGCAAGUCGAGAGCGGUGCGGCGUGCCCUUCUCCUGCUGUACUAAAGACCCCGCAGAAGAUGUCAUCAACACACAGUGUGGCUAUGAUGCCAGGCAAAAACCAGAAGUUGACCAGCAGAUUGUAAUCUACACAAAAGGCUGCGUGCCCCAGUUUGAGAAGUGGUUGCAGGACAAUUUAACCAUCGUGGCUGGUAUUUUCAUAGGCAUUGCAUUGCUGCAGAUUUUUGGGAUAUGCUUAGCUCAGAAUCUGGUCAGUGACAUUGAAGCCGUGAGGGCCAGCUGGUAGAGCCUCUGCAACAGCUGCUGCAAGACACUGGACAGACCCAGCCUUCCCGACCCUCCCACAUGCCCAGCUGAUAUCCAAGCUGCACAGACCUGACCACAGAGGCAUCCUGCGAUCUCACCCAAUGGAGCUGCCAAGAACAUGGUUUUUUGGGGGGGAGGGGUUAAAACUGGGAAAUGCUGCUCAUUGACAGAAUUUUUAAAAAAAAAAGUAGCCAGUA